ACGGCCUCGUCUCAUAUCAUAUCUCAUAAGAAAAAAAGAGAAGAAGCCGGCAACAGUUCUGUCCCAACAAUGCUACUGCCAAUCAUCUAGUUCCAGGUUUUUCUCUUAACUGCGAAACCAAUUCCAAGAGCAUUUGCCAAUCUUUGAUUGACUUUGCGUUAGUCGACUUUCCACACCUGAUUUUGGGUCGCCUUGAUCGAUUGAGAUUAUCCGCAUAGAUAAAAGCCACCUAUAUAUAUAUAUAUAUAUAUAGAGAGAGAGAGAGAGAGAGAGAGAGAGAGAGGAAAUGACCCAUCGGACUUCGAUGCCUCUUUGAUUCGACUAGAUCGAGGAUAUGAAGAGUUGAUCCAUUUUUGGGCACAUCUGAGAUCUUCAAAGCAAAGGGAUUUGAGAGAGGGAUUUGGGUUUUAGGAAGGUGGGGGAGGAGAUUGAAUGGGUUGUUUUCCUUGUUUUGAUUCAAGGGAGGAGGGAAAGCUUAUCCCCGAUAAACAAAAAGAUCAUCGCAGGGAUAUUCACCCCUCCAACAUAUCUAGAUUGGCUUGUGGAGCGGACAGACUUAGAUCAAGAAGCAACACGGGGUCAGCGAAGGAGCUGCCAAUUCUAAAGGAUGCACCUGCUGUCAAUAUUGCUGCGCAAACAUUCACAUUCCGUGAGCUUGCCACAGCAACACAGAAUUUUAGGCCAGAGUGUUUCAUAGGGGAAGGAGGAUUUGGAAGCGUAUACAAAGGGCGCCUUGAAAGCACAGGCCAAGUUGUUGCUGUGAAACAAUUGGACAGAAACGGGCUUCAGGGUAACAGGGAAUUUCUCGUGGAGGUUCUAAUGCUUAGCCUUUUACACCAUUCUAAUCUUGUGAAUUUGAUUGGGUACUGCGCUGAUGGGGACCAGCGUCUUCUUGUCUAUGAAUUCAUGCCAUUGGGAUCGUUAGAAGAUCAUCUUCAUGAUCUUCCACCAGAUAAAGAACCACUAGAUUGGAACACGAGGAUGAAGAUAGCAGCCGGUGCAGCCCAAGGUUUGGAAUAUCUUCAUGAUAAAGCAAACCCUCCAGUAAUUUAUAGGGACUUCAAGUCAUCAAAUGUAUUAUUGGACGAAGGUUAUCACCCAAAGCUUUCUGACUUUGGACUUGCAAAGCUUGGUCCCACAGGAGAUAAGUCACAUGUUUCCACCAGGGUCAUGGGCACCUAUGGUUAUUGUGCUCCCGAGUAUGCCAUGACUGGACAACUGACAGUGAAAUCUGAUGUUUACAGUUUUGGGGUAGUGUUCUUAGAGCUUAUUACUGGACGCAAAGCCAUUGACAGCUCCCGACCCCAAGGAGAACAUAACCUGAUCGCAUGGGCUCGACCAUUGUUCAAUGACCGCCGAAAAUUUUCCAAAUUGGCGGAUCCACGACUGCAGGGUCGGUAUCCAAUGAGGGGGCUCUACCAAGCUCUAGCUGUUGCAUCUAUGUGCAUCCAAGAACAGGCUCCUGCUCGCCCUCUAAUCGGAGAUGUCGUGACUGCCCUCUCUUAUUUGGUGAACCAGCCUUAUGACCCAAACACCAGGUUGCCCGGGGAUAAAGAUGAGAAAAGAAAUAAAGAUGAGAGAGGUCUAGGAAGGGUUUCAAAGAACGAAGACAGAGGAGGGUCUGGGCGCAAAUUUGACUUUGAAGGAUCUGAUAGAGAUGACUCCCCAAAAGAAGCUGUAAAGAUGUCGACCAGGGGCCUGGAUAGGGAAAGAGCUGUUGCAGAGGCCAAGAUGUGGGGAGAGAAUUGGCGGGAAAAAAGAAGGCAAAAUGGUCAAGGGGGUUUCGAUGGCACUCACGGUUCAUGACUCAGUGUAUAUGAACAAUGGGAGUGAUAUUUUUUUCAUCCCAUAACUUGAGUGAGAGCUGAGUCUCGUAGAAAGGGACUUGGGGAAUGAAGUUGCUACAUUUUUACUUUUUCCAUUUUUUGGUUUUGAAACAAAGGAAAAACAAAAUGGUGUGUAUAUUUAUAGUUAGAAGAAGCUAGCAGAAGAUUGUGACAUGUUAGUAAUUUUGUAGAAUAAAAUAGUCGGAUGUUGUAAUUUUUCAUGCUGUAGUGUGUUUGGCCUCUGGACUCUGGACUACAAACGACUUUCUGUUUGUCUGUAAACUUCUUUAGCGACGUGUUAUUGACAAAUUAAUGUUCUGUUUUAUUAA